UGAAUGUCAACGUCCUGAACUGCCUGCAAAUGGCAACAUAAAAGAAGGACUGGGACCCACAUAUAAAUAUCAAGAGACCAUCAGCUAUGUCUGUAAUGAAGGUUUUGAGAUGGUUGGCAAGCAUGUGCUUGAAUGUAAAGACAACAAUACAUUUGUACCAGCACCACCUAUCUGCAAACCAAGGAACUGUGGAAAUCCAGGAGAUAUAUUGAAUGGAUAUUAUGAGAUCCAAAAUACAUCUUUUGAAACGAAAGCUACUUUUUAUUGUAACAAAGGAUACCAGAUGGUGGGUAGGAACUACCGGUUGUGUAAAGCUGAUGGUUGGGAUGGCCAAGUCCCAACAUGUAAAGGGCCUCGUGCUUUAAGAUUGAUCUGUCUGCCUCAUAAAUAGGAUCCAAUCCAAUUGAGGCAAGGAAGCCUUGAUGACUGAAGGCUUAAGGUUUGCAAAAGAAGCCAAACCUGAAGAUAUUGGGCUGACAAGUGGCAAGUGGCAAGUGACAUUCGCACCAGGCUAUGACCAUCAUCAGUAAGA